AUGCCAUACCAACGUUUCUAUCUGCUGGGGGAACCGGUUGAGAGCGCAAGGACAAUCGAACUUGACCCGGCGCUGAACCGUGAUGAACUACGAAACCUCAUUGCUGCGCAUUUUGCAAUCGUUCAACCUAAUGGCAUUGGCUUCCAAUCUCAAGACGCCAUCUUGUCUGAUGUGGGAGAGCUUAUUGCUAGCGAAGAUCCGAUCAGCAUUACGAUAGAUGGAAAAGCAGUGCGGGAGAUCCCCGGUCCCUCGGGGUUGCCAAUCAUUGGAAAUUUCUUUGAGAUCUACCCCGAUCAUCUAGGAAACCACCAGCGUCUCUUCGAGCAAUAUGGCCCUAUCUUCAAGACCACCAAUAUGGGCCGCACCGUCUACCACACCAACGAUCCGGAGCUCUCAUCUAUCAUCUUCGCAGAGACUGACUUCUUCACGAAGAAGAUCAAUGAUGCUCACCCCCUCCGCUCCAUUAAGAACACCGAAGCAGGUGUCUUCCUGGCGGACACGGACACCCCGGAAUGGAGAGCGGCGCACAAAUUCCUUCCUCCUGCUCUGGGUCCCAAGGCCGUACGUCACUAUGCGCCAACCAUGCAGGCGACUGUCGAAGAUGCCUUCAAGGUCUUUGAUCAACUGGACGAGCAAGGUGAAGCCUGGAACGUCUACCAGUACAUGCUCAAGCUGGGCUCUCAGGCUGUUGGGAAACUGGUCCUGGGGAUUGACUUCAAACAUUUCACAACCCCCGAUGCGCCUCCCCAUGAAUUGAUCUCCCUCAUCGCCGAGUCGCUCACGCUCAACAAGAAGGUGACCGCUCGCGGCGAUUGGUACGCCAAAUUGCCCUUUGGGGAUCCCAAGCGCCUGCUUACCAUCCGGGAUCGCGUCUUUGUGAUCAUCGACGAGUCCAUUCAAAACGCCAGUCGCGGUGGUGUCGAGGACCUUCCGUUACAGGAUGCCGCAUUGAAAGCCAGCAACAUGAUCGACUACGCUGUCCGUGCCACAGACAACAAGGGCGAAAAACUCCCCAAGACGAGUCUCAUGCAGGCUCUUCUCGUCGCUACGGGUGCCGGCUUCACAACCACCAGCUCCCUCCUAUCAUGGCUGAUCUACAGUCUCGUCACCUACCCGGGCGUCCAGGAGCGCCUUCUCCAGGAACUCAUCGACAACGACAUCGACGAGAACACGCAGAUUACCGCUGAGCUCACCGACCGUCUUCCCUUCAUGGAUAAGCUGAUCAAGGAGACUCAGCGCCGCCACAACCCCUCCUACCAGCCCGGUCGUACCGCCCGUGUCGACAUGAUUCUUCCGGGUGGCUACAAGCUGCCUGAGGAAUCCGUCGUCAUCGGCGCCCUCCACCACCUGCACAACAACCCGGACGUCUGGAGCAACCCCACCCGCUUCGACCCGGACCGCUGGGAUACCGAGGAGGUCAAGAACCGGCAUAAGAGCGCGUAUAUUCCGUUCGCGACGGGCCCGCGCAUGUGCAUCGGCUUCAACUUCGCUCUGCAGGAGGUCAAGGUCUUCCUGCCCAAGCUGGUGUACCGGUAUAAGUUCAUCAAGGAGAAUGAUGGUCCCAUCGAGUACGAUCCCAUGUUCCAGCUGAUUCGACCGAACAAUAUAUAUGUCCGCGCUGAAAGACGCGUCAAGUGGCCGCCCAAGACGGAGUCGGCGCCCACGGCUUCGCUGUAA